GACCUUAGUGAUGGGAUGGGAGGGGGGUGGAUGGGAGAUGGGGGAGGUGAGUUAUUGAGGUACAAAUAUGAGGGGGUAUUCUCUUGUUUGGUUUUUUGUUCAGAGCAGAUUUUCUUGUAUGAAUUUCAUUUCUACUAUUCUAAACAGUAUAUCUUUUCAACGCAAUCAAGCAAUACAGCAACAGGCUAUCUACAAUCAGGAAUUUCUGAGACACGAAAGAACUUCCCUAUACCCAAGCAAUAUGCCUUCUUCUCGUGAAUCAUCCGUCGUCUUAGAUGAUGAGAGUUUUCACGAUAGUCCUAUCACUCCUCAGUCCCCAGUUUCCGAAAAUGAGCUGAAGACUACAUCUUCUCUCAAAGGUCUCCAAACAGAGGAGCAGCAACGUGUUCUUGAUACCGUUGCACAUUUGAGAAAGUGUGGCCUCGAAAACACACUACCACUUCCACAACUUGUCGUUUGUGGUGAUCAAUCUGCUGGUAAAAGUGAGUACACCUAUUUUUCACUGGCUAUUUGUGAUUUCAAAUGUUUUUUUUUGCGUAGAAUGUAUACUGAACUUUAUGUCCACAGGUUCGGUUCUCGAGGCGUUGACCGAGAUCCCUUUUCCAAGAAAUGACAAUCUAUGCACUCGUUUUGCAACAGAGAUUAGUCUUCGUAACGCUGAUACGAAAACGCUGACUAUUAAGAUUAUUCCUGAUGAUGAGCGGCCAUUUAAAGAGCAGGCCAUGAUCAAAGAGUUUGUGGAAAGUAUCACAGACUUUGAUGACCUUCCUCGAAUCAUGGAUUUAGCCAUGGAAGCCAUGGGAAUAACUGCUAUUGACCCGAAUGCGCCACCGCGAGCAUUUGCGAGAGAUGUCCUGAGCAUUGAGUUUUGUGGCCCAGAUUGUCCCCAGCUGACUUUGGUCGACCUUCCGGGUUUAAUCGCCUCUGAAACUGUAGAAGCAACAGCUGCCGAUGUUGAAACGGUCGCAGCCAUAACAGAGCACUACAUUAAACAGCCUCGAACCAUUUGUCUUGCAGUUAUCUCUGCAAAAAACGACAUUGCGAAUCAGCAAAUUCUGAAGAGAGUGAGGGCCCACGAUCCUCAUGGAGAUCGUACUCUUGGUAUCAUUACGAAGCCAGAUACUCUUGAUAAAGGCUCUGGAAAUGAGAAAGCUUUCAUCAGCUUGGCGAAGAACGAGAAUGUCAGGUUUAGACUGGGUUGGCACGUCGUGAAGAACCGCAGAUACGAAGAGAGAGAUUUUUCUCUGAUGGAACGUAACAUGGCGGAAGAUUCUUGGUUUCGCGCCUCCAACUUCAAGACUUUGUCGAAAAAUCACAUUGGUAUCGAACGGUUGCGUGGUCGUUUGGCCGCUCUGUUGUUCCAACACAUCAAGAAAGAGCUUCCUCAACUCCGCCGUGACCUCGAAAUCCAACUCUUCACUGCAACUGAACAACUCGGGUUGCUCGGUGAUGCUAGAUCUACACCUUCUGAGUGUCGAGCAUAUCUAGUGCAGCUCAGCACCGACGUCCAGAAAAUCUGCGCAGCUGCAGUUGAUGGGCAUUAUGAAGGGCGAUACUUUCAAUGUGCAGUUAACUCCGAGUUCAGACUCGACCAGAAGGCAACCCUUCGUCGUAUGCGAGCCUGUGUUCAAACGAUGAACUCUCGAUUCACGGAAGAAGUGCGUAGAAAGGGUCACAAAUAUCAGAUCGACGAUUCUGUAGGCGCACAAUCGACUAGAGGAACGAUGGAAGCGGAGGAAGCAGCUGAAAAUGGCGAGCCCGAAAGACUUACAAAGAAAGAGGGUCUAGAUUGGGUGAGGCAAGCACUCACUAGAACCCGUGGAAAGGAGCUCCCAGGGAAUUUCAACCCUUCCCUAAUUUCGGAGCUAUUUUGGGAGCAAUCUGCGAGAUGGGAAGAGCUCGCUGCAGAACAUAUUGAACGAGUGUCUGAUGUGUGUACCGAGUUUCUCAAGAACCUGCUUUUAGAAAUGACCCCAAGGGACGUUGAAUCACGUUUGUGGUCAUCUCGGAUUGAGGAUGAGUUGAGGAAUCGCAAUGCUGCUGCCACUCGAGAGUUGGAUAAUUUGAUUGUAGACAACUUGAAUCAUCCAAUCAACUACAAUCACUAUUACACCGAUACGAUCAAAAACCGACAGCAAGAAAGAGCAAAUGCAGAACUCGAAAAGUGCUGUCAGGAUGCUUCGGCCGGUGUUGAGACAUCUGAAGGAGUGCAGCUAGGUCCUGUGAUUGAGAGAUUAAGGGAAAGCCUCUUCAAGAGCACCGAGAAAGAUAUGGAAGUUGUUUCAUGCGAAGCGGCUUUGGACUGUGUCAUGGCGAUCUACAAGGUCCUUCAAAAGGUUUUCAUCGCAAACGUGACUACCCAAGUCGUCGAGCGUCACAUUGUUCGCGGCUUGGAACGCAUCUUCGACCCUGUUGCCGUGAACAAGAUGUCGGACAAAGAUGUGGAGGCCAUUGCUAGCGAGCCAGGCCAGGCCAGACAGGAGAGAGCAUAUUUGGAGGACCAGAUUAAGAAGCUUGGAGAAGGCAAACGGAUCUUCCGAACGAUCAUGAGCGGUGCUACUACGCUCUAGAAUGUCUAUGGUUGUUGGAUUACGUGUUCAGGAGAACUGUGAGAUGCGGCUUGCAAUUGUGUGAAGUCGUCAUUUCUGUUAGGCGGUGGAAUUGGUUUUGAUGGACCGUUGUUGUUGUUGUUGUUGUUGUUGUCGUAGAUGUGGAUGUUGCGGGUAGAGUGGAAGAACAGUGCCGGCGAAUACCGUCCCGCGGGAGUAUAUUUUUCCCUUUUGGCUUUGUCAUUGAUCGUUGUAUUGUGUAGUUACUACUUUCUAGAUGCUUUCAUUAUUAUUAUCAUUGUAGCCUUCCAUACCCUAUUAUUACGUUGGUGCAUCAAUAUGGUUUUCA